AUGGUUUUAGGCUUGACAGUGUAUAAAGCUUUAGGUGGCUUACGUCACAAACAGUCUAAAAGUCAGACAUUUGUUUAUAGAUUAGUAUUUUCGGCAUUUGCUGGAUCUAUUGGUAUAACAUGUGUCCUACUUGGAUGUACAAUACCAGCCAAUAAAGUGUGGUGGCCAUUUUUUGUUGUAUUAUUCUAUGCAUUGUCACCAAUUCCAACUGGGCUUGCAGUUUGGUACACAAAUGAUUACGGUAGUAAUCGAAAUCCAUGUUUGGAAUUGGCCGUAUUCAUUACCAUGGGAUUUAUUGUGUCUUCUUUCGGUCUUCCUAUUGUAUUAGCAAGAUCUCCAGCCAGUGAUCCAGUGAUUGAAUGGGUUGCUUGUUACUUAACUUUAACAGGUAAUGUUAUUGUGUAUCUAACUCUACUCUAUUUUAUGACCUCCGAUCAGGAAGAACAUGCCGACAGUGUGUGGUGAAAUAUUGUACUUUGCUGUACUUGUUUAUUAAUUUUACACGAUUUUUUACAAGACAAACAGAAGAAUAUAAAAUAUAUACUACAAUGACUGACAGAAAUGUAUUAAUUCUAAGUCAUCCCAAAAUUGAUGGUAUACUAUUUAUAUAACAUAAACAUUAGUGUAAGCUGUUUAUAUUAUAGUCAAUACUAAUGCUACUAUGUGAUCAUUAAAGUUACAAUUUUUCAUAGCAUAGAGUUUCUUACAAACUCCUUCAAUAAAAUUAGAGGCACA